CCAAGAUGGCGGUAUUUGCGUGGCAACAUUAAUGUUAGCAUAGGAGAGACUGUUGCAGAGGAAAAAGAGCAGCCUGUCUCUGUUUGGUGAUUCCAGAGCUGAGACCUGCCGACGAGGAGAAAAGCAUUUGGAGGACAUUGACGUUGACCAAUAAGGAGUUGAAAUGAGUUCUUCAGAAGAGGUGAAGCAGACAGACUCAGACAGGAGCAGACCUCAUGAGUGUCACAAGUGCGGCAAAUCUUUCAGUCGGAUCUGUAGCCUCAGGAGACACGAGCUCACUCACUCUGCAGAGGAAGUCUUCCACUGUGAACAGUGUGGCAGCACUUUCAGCCAACUGAAUGCAUACAACCUACACCUGUAUACCCACCCUGAAGAGACACCAUACUGCUGCGACCAGUGUGGGAGGGAUUUCAGUGACCAGAGCUCAUACAGGAAACACCUGCGAGACCACACGGGACCAUAUCAGUGUGACCAGUGUGAAAAGAGUUUCAGUUACUUCAGUAUUUACAAGAUACACAUGCGUGUCCACACUAAAGAAAAGCCGUACUGCUGUGACCAGUGUCCAAAGAGUUUCAGUUUUUUGAGCUCAUACAAGCGACACCUGCUCAGCCACAGUGGAGAGAAGCCCUACCAGUGUGACUUCUGUGGGAAGAGUUUCACCCAGUCAGGGCAUUUCAGUCUGCACCUGCGUAACCACACCGGAGAGAAACCGUACGAGUGCGACCAGUGCGAAAAGAGUUUCAGUGAUCUGAGUAGUUACAAGAUACACCUGCGUGUCCACACGGGAGAGAAACCGUACUGCUGUGGCCAGUGCGGGAGGAGUUUCUCUCAGUUAGGCAAUUACAAGUCACAUUUACGCAUCCACACUGGAGAAAAACCAUUCCGCUGUGAACUGUGCGAGAAGAGUUUCUCCAUUUCAAAAACAUACAAACAGCACGUGCGCACCCACACCGGAGAGAAACCGUACAAGUGUAAAGAGUGCGGGAAAGGUUUUGGUCGCCUAAGCAACUACAUGCGCCACCUUCGUAUCCACACCGGAGAGCAGCCAUUCAGCUGCGAUCAGUGCGGGAAAUGUUUCAACAGUUCGUACAGUUACAGCCGUCACCUGCGUGUGCACACCGGAGAGAAACCGUACUGGUGUUCGCAGUGUAAGAGACUGUUCACACGCUCACAGUCGCUGAAGAAACACCGCUGUGUCGAAGUAGACGAGGACGAAGACGGUCCCGCCGUGUGCACCAAAGAAGAACCAGUGAGCUGCUCGUCAACAAACGACACACAAUAACAACAAACAAAAUACAUGUGUGUGCAUACUUUAUAAUGGAGAAACACGUUACUCAGUACAACAGUGUGGCUGUGGCACAGAGGAUAUAACAGACUCUGAAAACACACACAGCUCUCAUUAGUAGGAUCAGUUAAUUAUUGAUUUGUUCAUUGUAUAAGACGUGACACUAAAAAUAUAUACAAUAUAUCAACAGACUUAUCUUUAUUAUUAUUAUUAUUAUUAAUAUUAACCACUUUUUAUCUAUUCUUGGACUAAGAUUAAAAAAAGAUCAUGUAACUGCACAAAGUGUGAAGUUAUUAAAGGGUAGCCUUGCACUAAAUCCACUUUUCUGAGUUGGUAAAUAUCACAUAGUACAGUUAGGCCAUUUUAUGACACCAUCUGUUGAGCCCAGUCCAUUUUCACAGAGCUGAUUAAAAAAGAAGUUUUCUUCGUCUUUUUCCCAGUGAAAAUGCAGCAGUCCUGCUCGGUUUAACUCCAAAAAUCAGUGAAGAGUCUGUGACGACGCUCGGCCCCAAAAACUCCCAGUUGACAGGGUUGGAAUGCAUCUUAUUAAAACCCGUACAGGGGGGCGUGGUCAUGUGUAAAGUUAUUCUUUAUCCCAGAUGUUUAUCACAGACUGGGUGAGUGACAUCGGUACCGAGUGUGUUGAACCACAGCCCAAAGUUAAAGGAACUCAUAAAUAACGUUUAGUUAGAAAGAUCUGUUUUUGAAGUUAAACGUGUUAAUGGAUAAGUUUGAAGUAUAUGUAGUUGUUCAUUUCAUUCUCUUUACGAGAAUAAUUAAUUCAUCAUUUGAUUACAAACUGAAGCCAUCAUGUGUACAACUGGGAGACGUCUUUACUUGGGCUCUGUCCAACAGAAGGUCCUCUGGAUCAGUUCAGUAAACACUGAUAAUAAGUUGAUGUGAUGUGAUGUAGUUGUAAAAUGUCAUCAUGCUAACAGGGAGGCCUUUAACCAUGUCACAUGCCCCACAUGUUUUUCACCAGUCAAAAUGCCAGUCCAAUAUAUCUGGCUAUGGAUCAUUUUCAGUAGAACGUAGUUCAUCAUAACAGCUGCUGACGGAGUCUGUGGGUUAUCCCGAGAUACCAACCCAGUUCAUCUGUGAUCUGUUAAUUCUGUCUGUCCUUGGAUUGUACUCUGUAUAUAAAUAGUUGUCUGAAAAAUAUUGCUAUUAAUAAAUGCACGUUCAACUCAAAGCUGGAAACAUUUGAAACAGUGGACAAAGAUGAUGAUGAUGAUGAUGAUGAUGAUGAAGAUGAAGGGACAGCUCCAGGAACAUGUCUUCAAACAAAUCAAAUCCCUGAAAUCAGGUUUUGCUUUUUCUUUAAUGUUACAGUGUCCCAGGUGGACUGAUGUCCAUCACAGCUUCUCUGGCAUCAUGUUUGUAUAAAGUCAGUUACAUGAACUUCACAUAUAUAUACUCACAAAACUAUUAACGACUAUUCUAUAUUGUGUGUAGUAUUAGUGUUUCAAGAAGAAGAGAUCAGCUAGAAUUGUAUGACGAUAUUUUGCAGAGGAGAGUUUUGGUGAUUGGACUCACUCGUGAUGAGAAGCUUCUUCAGUAAGAGAAGGGUCCAAUGAAGACAGGAGACAGGAUGUGGUCCCCCGGAGUCCACGGCCUGGUUGUGGUAGAGCAGAGCCAGCAGGUGGACGGUGGAAACUCUUGUUGAGACUCUAUGGAAGUCCUGCAGGUCUGAGUGGAGAUUAAACCUGUUAACUGGUUUUAAUGUUGUGGCUGGUUGGUGUGUGAACACGCUGUAAAAUAAAGACUGAAAUAAAUGAA